GAACCUCCAGCCGAAGCAAGAGAUGGAAGAAACUGCCACAGGAAAUAGUUCAACAGUUGAUAGAGAACAGUACAACAUUCCGAGACAAAACAGAAUUUUCUCAGGAUAAAUACAUAAAGAAGAAGAAGAAAAAAUAUGAAGCAGUUAUUACAAUUGUAAGACCUUCCACUCGCAUUCUUUCAACAAUGUAUUAUGCAAGGGAGCCUGGAAAAAUUAACCAUUUGCGAUACGACACUCUGGCUCAGAUGCUGACGUURGGAAACGUCCACGCGGGCAACAAGAUGAUCAUCGUGGAGACGUGUGCGGGGCUCGUGCUGGGUGCCCUGAUGGAGAGAAUGGGAGGCUAUGGCUCCAUUAUUCAGAUGUACCCAGGAGGGGGACCUGUUAGAGCUGCCACCAGUUGUUUUGGUUUUCCAAAAACUUUUUUUGAUCRUCUUCAUGAAUUUCCUCUCAGCAAAGUGGAUAGUCUUCUCUCUGGAACGUUUUCCACAGAGAGCCUGCCUUCAGAACCAGAAGAUAACGCAGUAGUAGAAGAAGAGAGCAAUGGCUCAGUCGAUGAGAAGCAGCCUUCUGUGCAGGAAACAGAAGAGGAAUCCAUUAGGGAAACAGCUAUGGAGAGGGAUCAAAUAGAAGAGCCAGAAACAAUGGACAUGAAUGCUGAAGAUACAGGAUUUAAAGAAAACCAGGGAAAAGAAAACAAAGAAAAUGUUCGGGAAAAGCAAAGAAGACAACAGGAGAGAAGGAAAAAGCUGAUAGAAGCUGCUGCUUUGUUGAAAGAGAARAAUGCUGAUGGGUUAAUUGUAGCCAGCAAAUUUCAUCCCACUCCUUUAUUACUUUCUUUACUGGAAUUUGUUGCUCCUUCGAGGCCUUUUGUUGUCUAUUGCCAAUAUAAAGAGCCAUUAUUAGAAUGUUACACAAAACUAAGGGAAAGAGGGGGUGUUAUUAACCUCAAGUUGUCUGAAACCUGGCUCCGAAGCUACCAGGUCUUACCAGAUCGAAGUCAUCCGAAGCUGACGAUGAGCGGAGGCGGAGGGUUCCUGCUCUCCGGUAUUACCGUCGUCUCCGAUAGGAGCAAAUCGGACUCGGGCAGUUUGGAAGAGCUGAAAACUGAGGAGCCGGCAUCUAAAAAACGGAAAGUUCAAGACCUUCAUUGCUAACAUGUGCAGAAUUGAUCUGCUUUUCGGAUCUCAGRAGUCGAAAGGAAAGUAACUCAUGCACUUUCUGUGCUUUUGACAGCAUAGAAAUAAUACCUGUCAUCCRUCUGUCAGCAGAAGCUGAGGGUUUGUGGUGUAGGGAGGAUUGUCCUCCUCCCCUUACCCGCUACACAAUCAGGUGGGGAAAAACCCUUCUCAGUAAAGCUCUGUCAAACACCACACUGAAAACACGAACAGCAGAAGAGCUGGUGAUCACGCCGAGAAGGUGACCUGGGGAGGAGAGAAAGCGCCAGCGAAACCAGGCGGUCUGUUCGUGGCCAGAAGCAGAGGUGAAGGAGCUCUCAGAAGGGUCUCACUCAGCUCCUUGUCAGACCAGCAUCAAGGUGAAAUAUUUUGUACAGUGAUCUGCUCCGUGUUCUGGUACGGAAUCCCCCUAUGUUCAGUCAAUAUCUUAAUGAAGUAGGAAAACAGCAGAAACACUGCGUUUCUCUCUCCAA